AUGGCUCCAUCUGCAAUCGACGAGCGGAUGCCCCAGGCGCCGCCCGAAAAGACGUACCCGCCGGCCAAGAUAUUCCCUGUCAAGGAGACCAAGUUUGAACAGUUCAUCGAGCCCGAGUCCGAUGGCCGGAAGAAAGCCCUGGAGCAGCCCGGCAAUGCUGCCAUUGUGAUAGAUAAUGGAUCCUCCGCCGUUCGAGCAGGCUGGUCCUUUGAGUCCGCGCCGCGAUUAAACAUCCCGCCCGUCAUGGCCAAGUACCGCGAUCGAAAGCUCGGCAAGACCUUCUCCUUUGCUGGUUCAGACUGCUAUGCCGAUACCACCGCGCGCGGCCACAUACGCAACGCAUUCGAAGCCGGCACCGGCAUAAUAAGCAACUGGGACGUGACGGAGCACGUCUUGGACUACAUCUUUCUGAAGCUGGGCAUGAAUGAUGCGAGCGGCGGCAUUGAUGUGCCGGUUGUGAUGACCGAGGCUGUUGCCAACCUGCCUUAUUCAAGGAAAUCCAUGACCGAGAUCAUCUUUGAAUGCUACGGCGCACCAUCUCUUGCCUACGGUAUCGAUUCGCUCUUCUCAUACAGACAUAACAAGGGAAAGACAGGGCUAGUGGUGUCUUCCUCCCAUACAUCUACCCACAUAAUACCCGUCUAUAAUUCGAAAGCGCUCCUUUCCCAGGCUACACGCCUCAACUGGGGCGGUUAUCACAACGCCGAGUACCUGCUCAAGCUGAUUCGGUUAAAGUAUCCCGCUUUUACGGGCAAGCUCAACUCUUCGCAAGCAGAGCACAUGGUGCGGGAUCAUUUCUACGUCUCCAAGGACUACGAUGCCGAAAUUCGCGACUACCUUGACUGGACAGGACUAGAAGACCGAGAUAUUGUCAUCCAGUACCCAUACGUAGAGGAAGUGAUUGUUCAAAAGAGUCAGGAAGAGUUGGAUCGCAUUGCGGAGCGCAAAAAGGAGAGUGGAAGACGGCUACAGGAGCAGGCGGCCAAGAUGCGGCUCGAAAAGCUCAUCAAGAAGGAGCAGGACUUGGAAUAUUACAAAAACCUGCAGGGUAAAAUCGUCGACGAGACGAAAAAGGAAACUCGACGCCUUCUCGACAGCCACGACAUCAAGGACGAGAAUCAGCUCGAGAAGAUUAUCAAGGAACUGGAAAAGUCCAUCAAAAAGGCCCGCACCAAGGAUGUCGGAGGCGACCCCGAGGAAGAACAAGAACAGCCAGACUUUGGCCUCCUAGAAAUCCCCGACGAGGAGCUCGACGAAGCACAACUAAAGCAGAAGCGCCAGCAGCGCCUCAUGAAAUCUAACCACGAAGCCCGCGCCCGCGCAAAGGCCGAAAAGGAGGCCGAAAAGGCCCGCGCCGCCGAAGAAGAGCGCUUAGAUCAAGAACGCCGCGAAAACGAUUUGGAAGGAUGGCUCGGCGAAAAGCACCAGGCCCUGCAGAAGGCUCUCCAGAAGAUCAAGGAGCGCGACAGGCUGAAGCAAGACCUCGGCAACCGCAAAUCGCUCGCCUCCCAGAUCCGCAUGAAGAGCAUCGCCAACCUCGCCUCCGACAACCCCACCAAGAAGCGGCGGCGCGGCGGCGACGACGACAACUUUGGCGCAAACGACGACGACUGGGGCGUGUACCGCCAGAUCGCCGUGGGCGACAACAGCGACGAGGAGCAAGAGGAGGAGGAUCUCGCGUCGACGCUCAAGACGCUGGAGCAGGACCUGCUCAGGUACGACCCCAACUUCACCUACGAAAACACCCAGGACGCCCAGACCGUGUGGUCCAAAUCCCUCCUGCACGCCUUUGCCCGCGGCCCACGGCCCAUCGACCCGGCGUCCCAGGCAGAGCUGCACCAGAUCCACCUCAACGUCGAGCGCAUCCGCGUGCCAGAGGUCGUCUUCCGCCCGUCCAUUGCCGGCGUCGACCAGGCCGGCAUCAUCGAGAUUGCAGGCGACGUGCUGAACCAACGCCUCGGAUCGCUGCCCAACCGCGACGACUUCCUCAAGGACGUCUUCCUCACGGGCGGAAACACCCUGUUCCGCAACUUUGACGAGCGCGUGCGCGAUGGCCUGAGGGCCCUGCUGCCGGCAGAUUCGCCGCUGCGGGUGAGGAGGGCAGAGGACGCGCUGCUGGAUGCGUGGAAGGGGGCUGCGGGCUGGGUUGGGUCGUCGGCGUGGAAGACGGCGGCGAUAUCGCGGGAGGAGUAUCAGGAAAAGGGGCCGGAGUAUAUCAAGGAGCACGACAUGGGCAAUUCAUACGCGUGAAAUUGUUUGGGCUGAAAGGAAUAUGUUUCCCUUUUUUUGUUUUUUUGUUUACCUUGGUUUGUAAUUCUCUUAUACGUAGCUUGCUCUCUUCUGCUCGGGUGAUUUUUUCCAUAUUUUUUAUAAAUUUUAACGCUUCGACACGUAUAACAUUAGAAUGGACUGUGUUCAAUAUAUGGUAUCAUUAAAUCCUCCAAGCCGUGCAACGUCCAUCCAUCUGUAGCCCAUACGCUCACACACACACGCAUACAUUAGUACUAGUAGGUAUCUCUUCAUGAAUACCAAAAGUAUAUAUCUGCCCCUUCGUUCUACUCCACAAAGUCUUGUUAAAGAACUCCAGUGUCCAAUUUUUUAUAGAAUCCCUUCUACACGCACACACAGCAGCCCACCACUCCAGGUCCCAGCUACCUCCCAAUCUGUUUCAUAUCACGGGAGGAAAGAAGAAAAAAAAAAGCCCCGUAUAGAAGAGAGGAAAGAAAGAAGAACAGGAGAUACCCAGUUAGACAGAGAAAUUUAGCCAUCUUGCCAAUCCGCACCAUGGUCACAUGAGAUAGCCUUGAGAAAGCCCAAGAAAUAGAAUAAAGGAGAAUCAAGGACACACACAUGGGGCACCAAAAAAAAGAAAUUUCAAAAGUCAUACUAGACACAAAAAAGGCCCUCCUUCCGUAAACGCCCUCCAUCGAUUUAAAUCCCCCUUCCUUGACUAAAUAAAAAGGGUAAAAGGAAACAAUAAAGGGAAUAAGCAAAUAGUAGUAAAAAAGACAAGUGAAAAAUGUGCAUAAUAAAUUGUUAAUUAUGCACACGCGCACGUUCAACGCGAUAGAAUCCCCCAACGCCACCCUUUAGUAAAAAGCCAUUUCUGGAAAGCAAGUAUUUUAGGGGAAAAAGCCCCGUUCUGACCAUCCAUUCAAGGUCCCCCUAAGCUUGGGCUGGUCGCUCUUCAGGAUUCAGUUGCCUACUCAAAUCCUCCGGAGCUGGAUGGGGGUUGCCAUCUCGUUCGCCUGGCUGGUCAGGCUUGAACGGCGGGCUGGGAUAGGUCUGCCCUCGCUCGACCAUUUGCUCUUGGGCGGUUAGUCCCGCGACGGCCUGCGCCACGGCCUCGAGAGGGGUUCCAACUCCGGAAUUGCUGCUGUUAGGGGGCUGUUGCGGCGGCGGAGGCGCUUGGUGCUGAUGCUGUUGCUGAUGCGGUUGAUGGUGCUGCUCGGGCAUGGCGGAUGGCGGCGGAGGAGCAGAUGAAGGCUGCGAGAGGUUGACAUUGGGAGGGGGCGGGGGGAAUUCG